GCCAGUUUGGAGGGCUGGUACCCUGUGGAGCUAGGAUAACUAACUACAUUGAGCUUGGCGGUGACCCACCGUCACGUGUGGAUCGUGAACAUCUGAAUGGGUGGACGUGGGGCUGUGUUCCUGCCACGCCUCAUCUACUCCUCCUGGCAGGGCACGCCAUGGUGCCUUCAACCCAGCCCACGGCUAGAUCAAUAUGAGCCUCGCUCGAUCCUUGGGGAGGAUUAUCGUCAAGGUGAAGCCAUUUCUGCCUUGGGAACCCCCAUCAGCCCUUUGGGGCAGCCAGGAACACAUUGUCCCCACUCUUCAGAGGGACAACUGAGGCACAGAGAGAGGACAGGCACUGCAGGAGUUGAAGAUGACCAGCUCCAUGGCCUCUUACGAGCAGCUGGUACGGCAGGUGGAAGCCUUGAAGGCUGAGAACACAAACUUAAGGCAGGAGCUCCGAGAUAACUCCAGCCACCUCUCCAAACUGGAGACAGAGACUUCCGGCAUGAAGGAGGUCCUGAAACACCUUCAGGGCAAACUGGAGCAGGAGGCGUGCGUGCUGGUGUCCUCCGGGCAGACAGAAGUGUUAGAACAACUGAAAGCUCUGCAGACUGACAUCAGUAGCCUCUACAACCUAAAGUUCCAGCCCCCAGCCCUGGGCCCGGAGCCUGCCGCCCGGACACCAGAGGGAAGCCCAGUGCACGGCUCUGGCCCAACCAAGGACAGUUUCGGGGAACUGAGCCGCGCCACCAUCCGCUUGCUGGAAGAACUGGACCAGGAGCGAUGCUUCCUGUUGAGCGAGAUCGAGAAAGAGGAGAAGGAGAAGCUGUGGUAUUACUCUCAGCUGCAGGGCCUGUCCAAGCGCUUGGAUGAGCUGCCACACGUUGACACGCAGUUCUCAAUGCAGAUGGAUCUGAUCCGGCAGCAGCUGGAGUUCGAGGCCCAGCACAUCCGCUCGCUGAUGGAGGAGCGCUUCGGCACCUCCGACGAGAUGGUGCAGCGCGCACAGAUCCGCGCUUCACGCCUAGAGCAGAUUGACAAGGAGCUGUUGGAGGCCCAGGACCGGGUGCAGCAGACGGAACCUCAGGCUCUGCUGGCGGUGAAACCUGUGGCACUGGGGGAGGACCCGGAGCCGGAAGUCCCCACGCACCCUGAGGAUGGCACCCCUCACCCUGGAAACAGCAAGGUGGAGGUGGUGUUUUGGCUUCUCUCCAUGCUGGCAACACGGGACCAGGAGGACACAGCGCGCACACUGCUGGCCAUGUCCAGCUCGCCGGAGAGCUGUGUAGCCAUGCGCCGCUCGGGCUGUCUGCCACUGUUGCUCCAGAUCCUUCAUGGCACUGAGGCCGGGCCUGGGGGGCGUGCGGGGACCCCCGGGGCACCGGGUGCCAAAGAUGCACGCAUGCGCGCCAACGCAGCCAUGCACAACAUCGUUUUCUCCCAGCCGGAUCAGGGCUUGGCACGCAAGGAGAUGCGUGUGCUGCACGUGCUGGAGCAGAUCCGGGCCUACUGUGAGACCUGCUGGGACUGGCUGCAGACUCGAGACAGCGGCACCGAAGGCGGGCCAGGAGGUGCCCCUGUCCCCAUCGAACCUCAGAUAUGCCAAGCUACCUGUGCAGUGAUGAAGCUAUCCUUCGAUGAAGAGUACCGCCGGGCUAUGAAUGAGCUAGGGGGGCUGCAGGCUGUGGCAGAGCUACUGCAGGUGGAUUAUGAGAUGCACAAGAUGACGCGGGAUCCGCUCAACCUCGCUCUGCGCCGCUAUGCCGGCAUGACCCUCACCAACCUCACCUUUGGAGAUGUCGCCAACAAGGCCACUCUGUGUGCCCGCCGAGGCUGCAUGGAAGCCAUCGUGGCCCAGCUGGCCUCUGAGAGUGAGGAGCUGCACCAGGUUGUGUCCAGUAUCCUGCGCAAUCUGUCGUGGAGGGCGGACAUCAACAGCAAGAAGGUGCUGCGGGAAGUUGGCAGCAUGACUGCCCUCAUGGAAUGUGUGCUGCGGGCCUCCAAGGAGUCCACUCUAAAGAGCGUCCUCAGUGCCUUGUGGAACCUGUCUGCGCACAGCACAGAGAACAAGGCAGCCAUUUGCCAAGUGGAUGGCGCGCUGGGUUUCCUGGUGAGCACGCUCACCUAUCGUUGCCAAGGGAACUCCCUGGCAGUCAUCGAGAGUGGUGGUGGGAUCCUACGCAACGUGUCAAGCCUCAUUGCCACCCGAGAGGACUACAGGCAGGUGCUCCGUGACCACAACUGCCUACAAACGCUGCUGCAGCACCUCACGUCCCACAGCCUGACCAUUGUGAGCAACGCCUGUGGCACACUCUGGAACCUGUCGGCCCGCAGCCCCCGGGACCAGGAGCUGCUGUGGGACCUGGGGGCUGUGGGCAUGCUGCGCAACCUCGUCCACUCCAAACACAAGAUGAUCGCCAUGGGCAGUGCUGCCGCCCUGCGGAACCUGCUGGCUCACCGACCUGCCAAGUACCAGGCGGCGGCCACGGCCGUGUCCCCAGGAACCUGCGUGCCCAGCCUGUAUGUCCGCAAACAGAGGGCUCUGGAAGCGGAGCUGGACACCCGGCGCCUGGCGCAUGCGCUCGGCCACUUGGAGAAGCAGGGUCUGCCUGAGGCAGAGGCCACGUCAAAGAAGGCCCUGCCGCCCCUCCGCCACCUAGAUGGACUGGUGCAGGACUAUGCCUCUGAUUCCGGCUGCUUUGAUGACGAUGACGCACCAUCUCUGGCUGCCGCGGCCACCACAGCCGAGCCUGCCAGCCCCGCAGUGCUGUCGAUGUUCCUUGGUGGCCCCUUUCUUCAGGGCCAGGCACUGGCCCGCACCCAACCUGCCCGCCAGGGGGGCCUAGAAGCCGAGAAAGAGGCUGGCGGGGAGGCAGCUGUAGCUGCCAAGGCUAAGGCCAAGCUGGCACUGGCCGUGGCUCGGAUCGACCGACUGGUGGAGGACAUCUCUGCCCUGCAUACCUCAUCGGAUGACAGCUUCAGUCUCAGCUCGGGGGACCCCGGGCAGGAGGCACCAAGGGAGGGGCGUGCCCAGUCUUGCUCUCCAUGCCGGGGCACUGAGGGUGGGCGCCGCGAGGCCAGCAACCGGGCGCACCCUCUACUGAGGCUCAAGGCGGCCCACACCAGCCUCUCCAACGACAGUCUGAACAGUGGUAGCACAAGCGAUGGCUACUGUCCCCGGGAACACAUGCGGCCCUGCCCACUGGCUGCAUUGGCUGAGCACCGUGAGGACCCUUUGCGUGGGCAGACUCGGCCCAGCAGGCUGGACCUGGACCUGCCCCGCCGGGCUGACCUGCCUGCCCGGGACACGGCCACCGCCGAUGCCCGUGUGCGCACCAUCAAGCUAUCCCCAACCUAUCAGCAUGUGCCAUUGCUUGAUGGUGCCACUGGGACAGGCAUCAGACCCCUCGCCGGACCGGGAGCCUCCCCGGGGACUCGGAAGCAGGCGUGGAUACCUGCAGAUGGCUUGAGCAAAGUCCCAGAGAAACUGGUGUCGUCUCCACUGCCUGCGGCUAGCCAGGUGCUGCAGAAGCUGGUGGCCCAGGAGGGGCCACUGUCCCUCUCCCGAUGCAGCUCACUGUCCUCUCUGUCUUCCACCGGCCAUGCUGGGCCCAGCCAGGCCGGGAACCUUGAUGACAGUGAUUCCUCUCUGGAGGGACUGGAGGAGGCUGGCCCAGGUGAGGCGGAGCUGGAUGGGGUGUGGCGAGCGUCUGGGUCCGCCUCUCUACCUGUGUCCAUCCCAGCCUCCCACCGGGGCCGCAGUGCAGGUCUUGGGGUGGAGGAUGCGACGCCGUCCAGCUCGUCUGAGAACUGCGUCCAGGAGACACCGUUGGUCCUGAGCCGCUGCAGUUCUGUCAGUUCUCUGGGCAGCUUCGAGAGCCGCUCCAUCGCCAGCUCCGUCCCCAGCGACCCGUGCAGUGGGCUGGGCAGUGGCACCGUGAGUCCCAGCGAGCUGCCCGAUAGCCCCGGGCAGACGAUGCCGCCGAGCCGCAGCAAGACGCCACCAGCGCCUGCCGGCCAGCCUGAAGCCAGCCAGUUCAGUCUGCAGUGGGAGAGCUAUGUGAAGCGCUUCCUAGACAUCGCGGACUGCCGGGAGCGGUGCCAGCCGCCCUCGGAGCUCGAUGCAGGCAGUGUCCGCUUCACGGUGGAGAAGCCAGACGAGAACUUCUCCUGUGCCUCCAGCCUGAGUGCGCUGGCCCUGCACGAGCUGUACGUCCAGCAGGACGUGGAGCUCUGCCUGAGGCCACCAGCCUGCCCAGAACAUGCAGGGGGUGGUGGGGGACACCGCCGGAGGGACGAGGCCGCCGGCCGCCUAGAUGGCCCAGCACCCGCUAGUUCUCGGGCUCGGUCAGCGACUGAUAAAGACCUAGAGGCGCUUCGUGAAUGUCUGGGGGCAGCAAUGCCCGCCCGGCUCCGCAAGGUGGCCUCUGCCCUGGUGCCUGGCCGCCGGGCACUGCCGGUCCCCGUGUACAUGUUAGUGCCAGCCCCGGCUCGGAAUGACGACUCUGGCACUGACUCGGCAGAGGGCACACCUGUCAACUUCUCCAGUGCUGCGUCCCUCAGUGAUGAGACCUUACAGGGACCCUCCAGGGACAAGCCAGGAGGGCCUGGAGAAAGGCAGAGACCCACAGGCCGAGCCGCCCCUUCCAGGCAGACCCGUGGGCACCGACCCAAGACGGCGGGCGCUGGCAAGAGUACAGAGCACGCCCGAGGGGCCAGUAGGAGCCGAGCAGGCUUAGAAUUACCCCUCAGCAGGCCCCAGAGUGCCCGAUCCAACAGAGAUGGCUCGUGCCAGACCCGGACCCGCGGGGACGGUGCCCUGCAGUCGCUGUGCCUCACCACGCCCACAGAGGAAGCUGUGUACUGCUUCUACGACUCUGACGAGGAGCCACCAGCCACAGCACCACCCCCCCGGCAGAUGUCUGCCAUCCCACGGGCUCUGAAGCGUGAGAAACCCACAGGUAGAAAGGAGGCCCCAUCCAGGGUGUCACAGCCUGUCACACCACCUGUGAGGGUGCAGCCCAGACUGAUUGUGGAUGAGACCCCACCCUGCUAUUCCUCAGCGAGCUCCCUCAGCGAGCCUGAGACCUCUGAACAGCCAUUCAGCCAUCCCGCAGGCCGGGGGCAGGCAACCACCAAGGACCCAGGCCCAGGCAGUAACCGGGACAGAUCUCCUAGCCCAAGGGCAGAGGAGGAGCUAUUACAGCGAUGUAUCAGCUUAGCCCUGCCCAGGCGCCGGACCCAGGUACCUGGAUCUCGGCGCCGCAAACCCAGAGCUGCCCGGUCUGAUGUGCGGCCCACUGAGGUGCCUCGGAAGUGCCGCGAGGAGGCGCCUGGCUCUGACCCGGCGUCUGAUUUAGACAGUGUUGAGUGGCAGGCCAUCCAAGAGGGUGCAAACUCCAUCGUUACAUGGCUGCACCAGGCGGCAGCCAAGGCCAGCCUGGAGGCGUCUUCUGAGUCUGACUCCCUCUUGUCUCUGGUGUCUGGGCUCUCAGCAGGCUCCACGUUGCAGUCCUCCAAACACAGGAAAGCACGAAAAUCUGGGGCUGAAUCUGGGGGUACCUGGCGUCCAGAGAAACGGGGUGCAACUUCCACCAAGAUCAGUGGGAGUGCGCGAUUUCCUAGUGGCUCCGAGAAGGCAAAAGGUACCCAGAAAGUGGUGGCAGGGGAACCAGCCAUGCUCCGGGGACGGACGGUGAUCUACACAGCCAGCCCAGCCUCCCGGGCUCAGUCCAAAGGAGUUUCUGGCCCUUGUGCCACACCUAAGAAGAUGGGGACAUCUGGUACCACUCAGCCAGAAACUGCCACCAAAGCUCCCAGCCCUGGGCAACAGCGUUCACGGAGCCUCCACCGGCCAGGUAAGAUCUCGGAGCUGGCAGCCUUGAGUCACCCACCCAGGAGCGCGACGCCCCCUGCCCGCCUCGCCAAGACUCCAUCCUCAAGCUCGUCACAGACUUCACCAGCGUCCCAGCCCCUGCCUAGGAGGUCCCCUCUGGCCACUCCAACUGCAGGGCCUCUGCCUGGCCCUGGAGGGUCUCCAGUGCCCAAGUCACCGGCCCGGGCCCUCCUGGCUAAGCAACACAAGACUCAGAAGUCACCUGUGCGGAUCCCGUUCAUGCAAAGACCAGCCAAGCGAGGGCCACCACCACUGGCUAGGCCAUCCCCAGAGCCUGGAUCCAGGGGCAGAGCUGGGGCUGAGGGGGCUCCUGGGGUUCGUGGAGGCCGCCUGGGCCUAGUGCGUAUGGCCUCAGCCCGUUCCAGCGGCAGCGAGUCCUCAGAGCGCUCGGGCUUCCGCAGGCAGCUGACCUUCAUCAAGGAAUCCCCGGGCCUCCUUCGUCGCCGCAGGUCGGAGCUGUCCUCUGCAGACUCCACGACCCCCACCUCGCAGGCCGCCUCUCCCCGCCGUGGACGGCCGGCACUCCCUGCUGUCUUCCUCUGCUCCUCUCGCUGCGAUGAGUUGCGGGUGUCCCCACGGCAGCCUCUGACGCCACAGAGGUCCCCGCAGGCCAAGCCAGGUCUUGCUCCGCGUGCGCCCAGGCGCACCAGCUCUGAGAGCCCCUCACGCCUGCCUGUGCGGGCACCGCCGGGGCGGCCUGAGGCAGUCAAGCGCUAUGCAUCCCUGCCACACAUCAGUGUUGCACGCAGGCCAGAUGGUGCUGCCUCUGUAGCCGCUCCCCAGGUUAACGCCUCUCGCCGGGGAAGUGAUGGAGAGGCCAGGCCACUGCCCAGGGUAGCUGCGCCAGGUACCACCUGGCGACGAAUCAAGGAUGAAGAUGUCCCCCACAUACUGCGUAGCACACUGCCCGCCACCGCCCUGCCUCUCAGGGGUCCAUCGCCCGAGGGUAGCCCUGCUGGGACUCCGCCACGCAAGACCAGUGACGCAGUGGUACAGACAGAGGAUGUGGCUACCUCUAAGACCAACUCCAGCACGUCGCCCAGCCUGGAGAGCAGGGAGCCCCCACGGGCCCAGCCCGGCGGCCCUGUCACUUCAUUGGGCAGUGAUGUGGACGGACCAGUCCUCAGCAAGCCAGCUGCCUCAGCGCCCUUCACCCACGAGGGCCCGAGUGUUGUCAUGGGAGGGUUUCCCACCAGCAGGCACGGUUCCCCGAGCAGGGCUGCACGAGUUUCCCCCUUCAACUACGUGCCCAGUCCUAUGGUGGUGGCCACAGCGGCCAGUGACUCUGCAUUGCAGAAAGCCCCUGUCUCCUCUCCAGCCAGCCUCCUGGAGUAGUGGGUGUAGACCAACCUUCUGGAACGUUCUCUGCCCUGUGGCCCAGUCUGGCAGCCCUGCAGGCUUGCUCUCCAGAUGCUCCGAGCCAGCACAUCUAUGCCCUCAGAGCUCCUGUCCAGCUCCCAUCUCCACACCUUAGAGCCAGCUCUUGCUUCUGUGCCUGGGGCGCCAGGCAAACGGCUACAGACAGGCUGCAGGGCACAUGGCAUCAUUUUCUGAUGGGAAGGGGACGGAGAGCCAAGCUUUGAGGGGCACUAGCUGCAGGCACCAUGCAAGACCCGCCCUGGGCUGCACACGGGGGUGUGGCACGGCCUCUAGGUAGGUGGCUGCCUUUGCCUCCAAGGUAGGGCAGGCUGUGGGGAGGGUGGGGAGGCUCCUGACAGCUGGCGCUGCCUCAACCUCAGCCCUGCACCACGAAGCCUGUAAUUAGUGCUGGGGUAAUUGGUUAAUGAGGACUCUGCAGGCGUGUUUGCCUUCGCAGCCACAGCUGAGUGUAGUCAAGCUGCUCCCUGAGCGUUCAUCACGGCCUGAGACCGCUGAGGGUGAACGGUCCUCCUGGCACAAAUGCCAGGGAGCUGCUGGCCCAUGGGACAGGAGGGAUUCUAGUUCCGAGGACAAGCUGAACGGGCUCUGGGGUGAGGGAGGGAGAGUAGGCCAGGCAGCCGGCGUCCUUGGGGAGUGGAUGAGCAGCAGCAGCGUAGGGAGGAGACGGACCAUCCGUGGGAGCCGGGCCCUUGCCAGCGUCCUGCUUGCGUGUGAUGCAGGGAAUGUCCGCAUCCUCGUCCCUGGCGCACCCACAGCCUGCAGGCAGCGUGGGGACUGGUGGCGGCGAGGUGCAAGGCCCUUUGAGGACCUGCGUCUUGGGUCUCAGCUCAGCACGCUUUCCUGUGGGACCCUGGGCUGCUCUCUGCAAAGGGACACGCAGCCAUGGCCGCCUGCAGGAGCUGUUCCUGGAGAAGGACACCACCCUUGAGCUGGCCUCAAGCCCCUGCUGAGAUGAGGGAAGGGGCUCUGAGGACAAGGUGGGAGGUACCACUGCCCCUUCCACCAGGCCGUUUACGGCAGGGGAGCCGGCAGAUCCACGAUUGCCUUUGUGAGUGGACAGUGACAACCAGGGGACACCACCAGGACUGACUCUACAGAGCUGUGCAACUUAACAUGCACCCUGACAUCUGUCCAGUGCUUUGAAAUGCCACAGUCCCAGAGAUGCCUGGUGCUUCCCUUGCCCAGGCCUCUGCCCCCUCACCAAAGCAGGAACACCAGGUACCAGCUGUUCAACUCCAUGGCUGCUGGACAGGGCUCUGGCAGAGCUCCAAGGGCCCGCUGGCCUAAGGAGAAUGACGGAGUCAUGAGGACGCAAUUCAUACCUACCGUGCACCCCAGGAUGCCCCCGCGGAGGGGACACAGCACUAGACAGAUAUCCUACUGGGGCUGGAGAGGGGACCUUCAUCCUCUGCAGAGUGAACCUGUAAAUGACGCACUGUGAGACCCUAGGUGGUACACAUGCUGCUCUGUGCCUCGGUUUCCCCACGUGGGCCGUGGGAGGAUUCGAAGCGGAGCAGGGAGAGGACCAUCACUCUCUGGUCGCCCCCUUCUGUCCUGUCGCCGGACCCAGCGGCCAUGUUUGCCUUUUCUACCCCACGCAGUGGGGACACAAGCCACAGAACACCCAGACCAGGGUAGGUAAGAGCUGGCCUGGGACAGAGGCUUCUGGAAGGGUGACCGAAGCCAGGAGGCCAGCCUUCCCCUGGAGUGUCCUUAGAGAUGGAAGGGGAGGAGUCCGCUGUCGCCCGGGCUGCAGCGGCUGCGGGUACCUGAGCCGGAGACCAGUGGUUCCCUGGAGAUGAGCCACUGCGUGCUCGAACCGGGCAACACGCCCACGAGUUGCCUCACCUCCUGUCCCGCCUGCCGCCGUCCUACAGCCAGUGCCAUCCCCUUCUCACACCUGGUUGGCUUGUCCUCUGCUGCUGCCCCAUCUCUGUCCUGCCCUACAGGGUUAACAUUUCUGACAUACUGACCCCAGCCCCAUGUAGAUACCCGCAGGACGCCCAGCCUGGCUUCUGGUUCUCAUUCACAUCUUUAAUAAAGUGAGUCACUGAGUUGC